AUGAGUAUCUUAAGCUUGAACUGCCGUGGGCUUGGGAACCCACGGGUGAUUCAGUUCCUUAAAGAGUUGGUCUCUCAAAAGAAGCCCAGUUGUAUUUUCUUGUGUGAAACACCAUGUUCUCGAGAGAGGGUGGAGUAUGUUCGUUGUCUUCUUGGUUUUGAAGGUGGUUUUGCCGUGGAUGCCCAUGGAAGAAGUGGUGGUAUAGCUUUACUUUGGCAUAAGGUUGAUGAGGUUAGUUUGCUUAGUUAUUCCUCUAAUCAUAUUGAUGUUAUGAUUAGAAGUGUUGGUCCCUAUGAGUACCGUUUGACUGGUAUAUAUGGGGAGCCGAAUAGAUCCUUACGCAACAGAACAUGGGAGCUAAUUCGGACCCUGCAAAUGCAAAGGGACUCACCUUGGUGUUUGAUUGGGGAUUUUAAUAACAUUAUUAGUCAUGAGGAUAAAAGAGGUGGUUUACCUUAUCCUAACUGGUUGGUUCAAGGUUUCCAAGAUGUGAUUCAAGAGUGUGGUCUCCAUGAUAUUAACUUAAUAGGAUACCAGUUCACUUGGGAGGCUAGUCGUGGUACUGAUAGGUGGAUUGAAGUGCGCCUGGAUAGAGGUUUGGCUAACCAGAAAUGGCUGGACUUUUUUCCCUUAGCAAAGCUUUUUAACUUGGAGGUGUCUUCAUCAGACCAUUGCCCUUUGCUUUUAGACCCCUGUUAUAGGCAACGGGUGUUCCUUCAUAGAGGCUUCAAGUUUGAAAACGCCUGGAUCCGUGAGCUUUUGUGUCAACAGAUUAUUGAGAAUAGUUGGAAUUCUUGUAGGGGUCGUUCCUUCUAG